AUGGCGGACCAAAACAUCUCGCAAUAUAAGUACUCGGCGAUGUCCAACCUGGUUCUCCAGGCGGACCGUCGGUUCAUCAGUCGCGUCAAUGACGAGCCCACCGGCGACCCAGAGUCUCUCGCGGGUCGCAUUGGUAUUCGCGAAAUGGGUGGGCGAGUUGCGCGCGAGGAUGUGCCGAAGUCGAAGAAGAAAAUGGGCGCGGAUCUCGAGCGAGGUGCUAUUCAUGAAGGCGAGGACGUGCUUCUGCGGGAACAGAGGAAACGCCAGCGCGGCCAACCUGCGCAACAACGAGGCCAGGGCAUCCUUUCAGCGGCCGAUGCCCUGGUCGAAGGCCUCAAAUAUCGUCCUCGAACACCGGCUACGCGAGGUACUUACGACCUCAUCCUUACGAUAACCGGUACCAACCUUGGCGAUGUACCCCACGAAGUCGUUCGGAGUGCGGCCGAUGCUGUGCUAGAGAUGCUGAAGGACGAGGAUAUGAAGGAUUUCGAUAAGAAGAAGGAGAUUGAUGACCUUUUGGGUACUUCGAUGAAUCCUAAGGAGUUCAACGAGCUUGUCAAUCUAGGCAAGAAAAUCACGGACUACGAUGCUCAAGAUGAAGACGAGGAUAUGGACGGUGGCCUAGAUGAAGGCGAGGGCGAGCUCGACGAACGCCAAGGUGUGGCUGUUGUUUUCGAUGAGGAGGACGAGGACGAGGAUCGCAUAGGCACCGUUGACGAGAUUCGCGACGAAGACUCCGAUGAAGACGAACUCGACGAACAAGAUCGACCCGAAGCCUACGAGGGUACUGCGGAGGAACCGGAAGAAGGUGAUGAAAUAGUCAUCGAUGGUGGUUUGGACCGGGGCGAUAAGGGCAAGGAUAAAGCUGGACUGGCCGUAUCCGCCCGCGAGAUCGACGCAUACUGGCUCCAACGUCAGAUUGGCGCUGUAUACCCAGACGCCCAUAUCCAACAAGAGAAGACUAAGGAGGCUCUGGACAUCCUCGGUGGUCAAGCUGAGGACGGUACAGACAAGCCCCUUCGCGAUGUUGAAAAUGACUUGAUGGAACUUUUCGACUACGACCACCCUGAUCUAGUUGCCAAACUAGUCUCCAAUCGCACCAAGGUCGUCUGGGUCACUCGUUGGAGACAAGUCGCUGAAGAUGCGGACGCAAGAAACCUCAUCGAGAGCCAAAUGGUCGAGGCUGGACACCGUGCCGUGUUAGAUGAAAUUCGUGGAAAGGCCGUUGAUGAUCUCGCCCACCGCCCUGAGAAGAUCAAGUUGGACUUGAUGGAUGUUGAUGUACCCACGGCGCCAGAAGUACAGGAACAGAAACAGGUCGGUGAGAAUGGCUUGGUUGGCGGUCUGCAGCCCAAGCGAUUGAUCAACCUGGAGAACCUCGUCUUCCACCAGGGCAACCAUCUUAUGACCAACCCCAACGUCAAGCUGCCCCAAGGCUCGACUAAGCGAACUUUCAAGGGUUAUGAAGAGAUUCAUGUCCCCCCGCCCCAAGCUAAGAAGCUGCCGGGCGAGAAGAACAUUCCUACGACGGAGCUUCCCGACUGGGCGCGUGUUGGUUUUGGCAGCUCAAAGGAGCUCAAUCGGGUUCAAACCAAGUGUUACCCGACGGCUUUCCACGAUGAUGGCAAUCUUCUCGUCUGCGCUCCCACUGGUUCUGGAAAGACCAAUGUCGCUAUGCUCACUAUUCUCCGCGAGAUUGGCAAAAACCGUAACCCCGAAACUGGAGAGAUCAUGCUUGACGACUUUAAGAUUAUCUACAUCUCCCCCUUGAAAGCCCUGGUCCAGGAACAGGUUGGAAACCUUGGACAGCGCCUUGAGCCAUAUGGUAUUCGCGUGGCAGAGCUUACUGGUGACCGCCAGCUCACCAAGCAGCAAAUCGCCGAUACCCAGAUUAUUGUCACCACUCCCGAAAAGUACGAUGUCAUUACCCGCAAGGCAUCAGAAACCAGCUACACCAAUCUUGUCCGCCUUAUCGUCAUUGACGAGAUUCACCUUCUCCACGACGAUCGUGGUCCUGUUCUGGAGAGCAUUGUUAGCCGCACCAUUCGCCGAGUCGAGCAGACUGGUGACCCCGUGCGUAUCGUUGGUCUUAGUGCUACUCUUCCCAACUACCGCGACGUGGCAAGCUUCCUCCGCGCGGACCCUGAGACAGGUGUGUUCCACUUUGACGGCUCGUACCGUCCUUGCCCUUUGAAGCAGGAAUUCAUUGGUGUUACCGACAAGAAGGCGAUCAAACAGCUCAAGACGAUGAACGACAUUUGCUACAACAAGGUCAUGGAGCAGGUUGGCCAGAAGCGUAACCAGAUGCUUAUCUUUGUCCACUCACGAAAGGAGACGGCCAAGACGGCCAAAUACAUCAGAGACAAAGCUAUCGAGAUGGAGACGAUCGGACAGAUUCUCCGUAGCGAUGCCGCGAGCCGUGCUAUCCUUUCCGAGGAGGCUGAUUCCGUUGACGACGCGUCCUUGAAAGAUCUGCUGCCCUACGGCCUUGGUAUCCACCAUGCCGGUCUGAGUCUUGCGGAUCGUGAUUCCGUCCAGGCCCUGUUCGCCGACGGCAGCAUUCAGGUUCUUGUUUGUACCGCAACUUUGGCCUGGGGUGUCAACCUUCCUGCCCACACUGUCAUCAUCAAGGGAACCCAAGUCUAUUCCCCCGAGAAGGGUAGCUGGGUCGAGCUAAGCCCACAAGAUGUUCUCCAGAUGCUCGGACGUGCUGGUCGACCGCAGUAUGAUACAUUCGGUGAAGGUAUCAUUAUCACAUCUCAGUCUGAGAUCCAAUACUACCUGUCCCUCAUGAACCAGCAGCUGCCCAUUGAGUCUCAACUCAUGAGCAAGCUUGCUGACAACCUGAACGCCGAAGUCGUGCUUGGCAACGUCCGCACUCGCGAUGAGGGUGUCGAGUGGCUUGGUUAUACAUACCUCUACGUUCGGAUGCUCCGCUCGCCCGGUCUAUACAGCGUCGGUGCAGACUAUGAGAACGAUGAUGCUUUAGAGCAGAAGCGUGUCGAUCUGAUUCACUCCGCCGCGACCGUCCUUGAAAGGGCUGGCUUGCUUAAGUACGAGAAGAAGACCGGCCGGCUGCAGUCGACUGAGCUUGGUCGCAUCUCCUCUCAUUACUACAUUGGCCACAACUCGAUGCUCACUUAUGCCCAGCACCUCCAGCCUUCCAUCACUACUAUCGAACUCUUCCGUAUCUUCGCCCUCAGCGAUGAGUUCAAGUACAUCCCGGUUCGUCAGGAUGAGAAGCUGGAGCUUGGCAAGCUGUUGGGCCGUGUGCCAGUCCCUGUCAAGGAGACAAUUGACGAGCCUCACGCUAAGAUCAAUGUUCUCCUUCAGGCCUACAUCUCCCGUCUGAAGCUGGAAGGUCUUGCUUUGAUGGCUGACAUGGUCUACGUCACCCAGUCUGCCGGUCGUAUCAUCCGUGCCAUCUUCGAGAUUUGUCUGAAAAAGGGCUGGGCCUCGGUGGCCAAGACUGCCCUCGACCUCUGUAAGAUGGCUGAGAAGCGUAUGUGGCCCACCAUGUCUCCCCUGCGUCAGUUCCCUGGCUGUCCCAGGGACAUUCUGCAGAAAGCUGAGCGGAUUGAUGUCCCUUGGCCCAGCUACUUUGACCUGGAUCCUCCCCGCAUGGGCGAGCUACUUGGUAUGCCCAAGGCUGGUCGGAUUGUAUGUGAUCUUGUCUCCAAGUUCCCUCGACUUGAUGUGCAAGCCCAAGUGCAGCCAAUCACCCGCUCCAUGCUCCGUAUUGAAUUGACCAUCGCCCCCAAUUUCGUCUGGGAAGACGCCGUACAUGGAACUGCGCAAGACUUCUGGAUUUUGGUUGAGGAUUGCGAUGGUGAAGAGAUUCUGUUCCAUGACCGUUUCCUGCUGCGUCGUGACUUUGCCAUUUCCGAGAUGAACGAGCACAUGGUCGAGUUCACUGUCCCGAUUACCGAGCCCAUGCCUCCCAACUACUUCAUCUCCCUGGUGUCUGAUCGUUGGAUGCACUCCGAGACGAAGAUCGCCGUAUCUUUCCAGAAGCUCAUUCUCCCGGAGCGCUUCCCUCCCCACACUCCCCUGCUGGAUAUGCAGCGUGCCCCCGUCAAGGCCUUGAAGCGUGAGGAGUACCAAAAGUUGUACCCUGACUGGGAGCAUUUCAACAAGAUUCAGACUCAGGUCUUCAAGUCUGUCUUUGACUCGGAUGACAAUGUCUUCGUCGGCGCCCCCACUGGAAGCGGCAAGACUGUUUGCGCUGAACUGGCGCUGCUCCGUCAUUGGGCCAGUGAGAAUGAGGGCCGUGCGGUUUACAUUGCUCCUUUCCAAGAGCUCGUUGAUCAACGCCUGGCUGACUGGGAGAAGCGACUCGGUGGCAUCGGGGGUGGCAAAACUAUUGUCAAGCUUACCGGCGAGACAACAGCUGACUUGAAGCUCCUGGAGCAAGCCGAUCUUGUCCUUGCCACGCCCGUUCAAUGGGAUGUGCUUUCUCGGCAGUGGCAGAGACGCAAGAACGUUCAGACUGUCCAGCUGUUCAUCGCUGAUGAGCUUCACAUGCUCGGUGGCUUUGGUGGAUAUGUGUACGAGGUGGUCGUAUCUCGUAUGCACUACAUUGCUCUGCAGACUGAGAAUGAGAUGCGCAUUCUCGGUCUCAGUGUGCCGCUGUCCAACGCUCGCGAUAUUGGCGAGUGGAUCGGCGCCAACAAGCACACCAUCUACAAUUUCAGUCCCCAUGCUCGUCCUGUCCCCUUGGAGCUCCACAUCCAGUCCUACACCAUCCCUCACUUCCCUUCUCUCAUGCUUGCCAUGUCUCGACCUGCCUACCAAUCGAUUCUUCAAUUGUCUCCUGACAAGCCUGCUCUGGUCUUUGUACCCAGUCGCAAGCAGACUCGUUCCACGGCGAUGGAUCUUCUGGCUGCAUGUGCCAUGGAUGACAACGAAGACAGGUUCUUGAAUGCGGAUGUUGAGGAACUCGCCCCGUUGCUUUCUCGCAUCCAGGAGCAGACCCUGGCCACUUCAUUGAGUCACGGUAUUGGUUACUAUCACGAAGCUUUGAGCCAGACAGACAAGCGUAUUGUUUCGCAUCUCUUCAGCAUUGGCGCCAUCCAGGUUCUUCUCGCCUCUCGUGAUGUCUGCUGGGAGUUGGAUCUCACCGCCCACCUUGUUAUCGUUAUGAACACGCAGUUCUUUGAUGGCCGUGAGCACAGGUACAUUGACUACCCAAUCAGCGAGAUUCUUCAGAUGUUUGGCAAGGCUUCUCGCCCAGGCGUUGACAAGAGCGGCCGUGGUGUUCUGAUGGUGCCUGCUGUCAAGCGUGAGUACUACAAGAAGUUCCUGAAUGAGGCCUUGCCCGUGGAGAGCCAUCUGCAAGUCUACCUGCACGACGCCUUUGUCACGGAGGCUAGCACUCGCACCCUCGCUUCCACCCAGGAUGCCGUUGACUGGAUGACUUACACCUACUUCUACCGCCGCCUUCUUGCAAACCCCAGCUUCUACGGCCUCAGUGACGUAAGCCACGAGGGUCUUAGCACCUUCUUGUCAGAGCUGGUCGAGACCACCCUGAAGGAACUCGCCUACUACAACAUCUCCUUCAUCACGAUGCAAACCUUCCUGCUGUCUCUUUCUGCUCGUACGAAGCUGAAGGGUAUCCUGGAGAUUGUCACAUCGGCGACCGAGUUCGAGUCCGUCCAAAUGCGCCGACACGAGGAUCACAUCCUCCGCCGUGUCUACGACCGAGUGCCAGUUAAGAUGUCUGAGCCCGCCUUUGACUCCCCGCACUUCAAGGCGUUCGUUCUCCUGCAAGCCCACUUCUCGCGGAUGCAACUUCCCAUCGAUCUUGCCAAGGAUCAGGAAGAUAUCGUCCGCAAGGUGCUCAACUUGCUCAGUGCCUGCGUUGAUGUGCUUUCCUCGGAGGGCCACCUCAACGCCAUGAAUGCCAUGGAGCUGUCGCAGAUGGUGGUUCAGGCUAUGUGGGAUCGCGAUAGUCCCCUCAAGCAGAUCCCCCACUUCUCGCCCGAGGUUAUCGAGGUCGCCAAGGAGUAUGAGAUCAACGACAUCUUUGAGUUCAUGGAGGCCAUGGAUCCCACCGAGAACAAGGACUACGCGACACUGGUCAAGCGAUUGGGACUCAACAACAAGCAGCUCGCCCAAGCCGCCGCUUUCACCAACGACAAGUACCCAAGUAUCGAUAUGGACUUUGAAGUCGAAGAUUCGGAGAACAUCACUUCCGGCGAGCCCGCCUACCUCAAGGUCAAGAUCCAGCGGGAGGUUGAAGAGGAUGACGAAGUCGACACCGUCGUUCACGCGCCCUUCUACCCUAACCAGAAGAUGGAGAACUGGUGGCUGGUUGUUGGCGAGGAGAAGACCAAGAACCUGCUGGCCAUCAAGCGCGUUACUAUCGGUCGCAAGCUUGAUUUGCGUCUUGAAUAUGUGGUUCCCUCGCCUGGUGAGCAUGAAUUAACGCUGUACCUUAUGAGCGACAGCUACGUCAGUGUGGAUCAGGCUCCCACCUUCACCGUGAAUGCUGCCGAGGGUAUGGAGGAGGAUGAGAGUGAAGAGGAGGAAGAGGAGUAG